AUGAAGACCAUGGGCCGGUGGUUGGACCACGUUAACCUUGGAGCCUUGGAAAUCCAGAGUGGAUUACAUGAGAGUGACGUCAUUCAUAAACUUCUCUUCUUUCGCUCCUCCUUUCACCGCAGCAAUUCCUUCAUGAAAAUGGACUACCCCACCCACACUGCAGUUUUAUUUGGCCCUCGUUGGGACCCAGCUGAAUGGACCGCUUCAGACGACCGAGUUCGAGGGGGAUCAUCCGUCUCAACCCUCACUUCCAUCACCGACGGUGUCCUCUUUCACGGCAACCUCGACAUUGAAACCCUUGGUGGUGCUGGAUUCGCCUCUCAACGAACAGUCGGCGACGACAAAAUCUUCGACCUCAGCGCACAUGACGGCAUUGAACUAAUUUUACUUGGCUCGGAUCACAAACGUUACACAAUCUCCCUUACCGACGAAAUCGCAGGGCGGAGGCCAGAUGGCCGUGAACAAAGUGCCCUGGUAUGGGAAUUUGAUUUUUGUCCCAGUGAGAAAGGGUCAAAAGUCCGCGUUUCGUGGAAUGACCUCAAACCGACAUAUCGGGGUAAGCCCGUAGAGGAUGCUAGGCCAUUGAGCUUGUCUAAUGUGAAGAGGUUUCGGAUAAUGGCUCGGAGCUUCUUUGGUGAACAAUAUGGCGACUUUAGCUUGAAGAUCCGAUCGAUCGCUCUGUUUCGGGACGAGUAUCUCGAUGACCCCGAGGUGACAAGGAAGUCUAUUUGUUAUGAUUACGAGAAAGGGGGCUAUCUGAAUCGGCAGAUGCAAAACGAUGAGAAAUGGGGUCUGUUCAGUUGCUGCUUCUAG